UCCACUUCUUGUUCAGUUGUUCUGCUCCAAAAGGACUCUCUCUAGUCUCUAUCUUCCUUACACAUUCUCUUCUCUAUCUUCAAAAUCUCAGCACUGCAUUAUAAGGCGCUAAAUAUAUAUAUAUAUAUAUAUAUAUAUAUAUACUGCGUAUAUAAAAUUCAGGAAAAAAAAACCAAGAAAAAUUAAGAAUGUCAUCUUGGUUGUUUCUUCCAAACCCUUUCAAUUCUGAAGACAAUGAUGAUGAUCAGAAUUCUUUAAUCGCCCCUGAUCACACCAUCUCCACCCUCUUCCGCUCUGUGGCAGCCUUCCUUGCUCCACCGCCGACUGACUCUCCUUCCGCCGCGGCCGCCAUCGAUGACGGCGGCGCCGGCGGCACGGUGGAGGUCAGCUCAAGGGCGAUUGCCGGAAUGAAGCAGGAUUUAGCUGAGAUUGGAGACAGGUUCAAGUCCAGCCUUUCACUGUUGUCCUCCCGAUUUUUUAAGCCAAAAGAGGAUGAUGCGGUAGAGGAGGAGGAGAUGGUAGGAAUUACGGAGGAAGUUGUGGACUAUGUGAAUACUCUUUGUGAAAGGCCUCAGCUUUGGACUGAUUUUCCAAUCAAUUUACCAAAUGACUUUGAAAUGUCUGCCAAUCAAAGACAGCAUGUGGAGAACAUUGAGCAAUUGGUGCCCGAUCUUGGAUCCUUAAGGCAAAAGGUUUCUGGCCAUUUACCAAAUAAUAAGUUUUGGAUGAUCUAUUUUAUCUUAUUGCUUCCUAGGUUGGAUGAGAAUGAUUUGGAGCUCCUAUUGACUCCCAAGAUCGUCGAAGUGAAGGAUACGCUUAUGCAACAAUUGCAAAAUAAGAACGCACGGGGAAAAGCUUCAAAACACUCCGAUACUAACGUCAAGGAUCAUGGUAGUUUGCAAGGGAACAAUAAUCCGUUGCGGAAGACAACUACUCCAAAAGCUGUAGAAAUAGAGGUUUCAAAUGCCGAGAAAUCCAAACUCAUCAAAAAUGAGGAUGCUGUUUCGUUUAGCGAUGUGGAGGAGGAUGACAAUGAUAAUGAUUUACCAGAUAGAAUCACAAGAUCUAGCGGCAAGAAAGCUCUUUCCUCCGGUGAAUCACAUGAAUGGAUUUCCUCAGGUGAAUGGGUUCAUGUAGGUAGAAAGCCGAAAGCUUGGAGUAGAUCGAGCCUUUCAACUUCUGUCGUCGAGGAAGGUUCAGAUAGUGAGGGAUCUUGUGAAUGGCUUACCGUUGAUGAUGUUGAUUCAGACACAAUGGCGACUCCUUAAAAUCCCUUCUCACCAUAUAGUUGCAGUAGUAUUUUUCUCUCUAGAAGUAUUUUUCUCUCUUCCUUUGAUUUUCAUCAUUUUUUACUAUUCCUCAUUUAUGUAAAUGCCUUCUCAAAAUCCAAAGUAAAGAAAGAAGAAAAAUAAGGAAUCUUAGUGCUGCAUUUUAGGCUUUAGAUACUCAUUUGUUUGAGUGUUAAUAAAUAUAUAUUAUUUUAGUA